AUGUCCUUCCUAAAACGCAUCUUUAAAACUAAAAGUAAAGGAGUGCGUUCACAAUUCUCUGAUUACGACUGCGAUCCAACCAUCAUUCCUAUCAAAGAUUGGGAUGUUGUUUUAUUUAGCGUUUGGUUACAGACCAUUGAAGGAGUGAGUCCAAGCACCAUUGAGAAAUUAAAAGAAGAAGAAUGGGAUGGAAAGUCUUUAUUGUACUUUUCGAAAAACGAUUUAACAUCACUCAAAAUUCCACUCAAUGAAGCCACUCUCAUCGAACAACAUCUGGAUCAACUCAAACUCGAUCAACAUUAUCAAAUGAGAUCCUUUAAUCAAGCUUUAUCUUCUUCAGACUCUGCUUUUGUGUUGAGUUCACAAACCACCUCAAGUGAUCCAGAUCGAUAUUCACAAAACCAUCCUUCACUUCUUUCAUCCUCCUCGAAAAAACAAGGAAAUGCUAAUUUAUUUAGCAGUCUGAAUGAAUGUGAAGUGAUUGGAGAUUUAUUACAUUGUGAAGAUGGAAGUGAUGAGAGUAUUCGAAGUCUUUUAAUGGGAUCAGAUUUUAAAAAUCGAUGUAUUUUGAGUAAGAAGGAGAGUUCUUUUGAGAAUCUUAAUGAAGGAUAUUUUGUGCAGAGUCAUCGACCAGAUAUUUUCACAGAUGACAAUUCCUUCUCGUUACGAGUGUUUCGAUUGGUUCUAAGAAGAUUGGAGCAAGCGUUUCCACUCAUUUCAGCACGAAGUAGAUCACUUGCUGACUCGUCGAUGAAUAAUUCAGUUGGAAGUAGAGCUUCGAACAAUUAUGGAUUUUCGUCACUUCCUCCACAAAAUACAAGAACUAUCACUACAACGGGUGGAAUUUUGGAUGAAGUAAUGGUGGUGUUGCCACAGAGCGUGUCACAAUUGACAAGUCUUGAAAAAUUGUGUUUGUCGAAUUGCAUGAAAAAAGUGAAAAGCUGUCCAGACAUGUCCACACAUGAAAAACGAUUGUUGGCACACACAUUGUCACUUGUCGAUUGUUUCAUGUAUUGCUACUUUUUUAAUUAUCAAACUGUUUUGUCAAACGUUGAAAAGAAUGCACUCAUGAAACGAUCGCCCAUGUCAAGUCAACAUUCACGAGAAGUGAACGAAGACGUCGAAAAACGUUUUGUGCAAGCUCUGAAAGACAUUUCUGAAAAUUUAAAUGCCUUGGGAGUACUUGGAAAUUCCUGUCAUGCAUCAAAUACUCCAUUGACAAGUGGUGGCUCAUCCUCUUCUCAAAAUUCAUCUUCCAAUCAUUAUUUAUUUGGUGAAGGAAUUAGCCCCACUGCAAGUUUUGGAAAAACCCAAAAAUUAUUUCGAUCAUCAAGUAUUGAUCAUCAUUCCACCAAACCAUACCUUUUCAUUCAACUUGUCAUAUUUCCUUUCGAAAGGUCACACGUUUUUGAUAUGAAAACAGAUUCACGAUUAAGGCCAUACACAUUGUUUAGAACUGGACUUUUCAUUGGAGAUUGGUUUUUAGAGUGGGGAGAACAUUCACUCGUUUAUCCUUCCAUUUCAUGUAAAUACAGAGUGAGCCCACAAUGCCAUUUUAUACAAUUAAUGAAAAUUGAGGGUGAAAAGAAUAUUUCGAGAUUACUUCGAAAAAUUGCACAAAUUUGCGUCUUGUGGAAUGGAACUCAAAUUUACAAUCUCCAAACAUGCAAUCAUCAACAUUUUGUGAAUGACAUUUUAACAUUUAUUGGACUUUUUUCAAACACUAAACAACUCGGAAGUAUUUCAAGGUUUCUAGAAAGAAUUGAACAAUUAGGUUUUAGUGACAUGCGACUCGUUUUUGAUUCCCAAUUUUUCCAAAAAGAGUUUCCUAACAAUGAAUUUAUAUCAUUUCACUCACAUGCUGAUGUGGAUGAUUUUUACUUGAAAGUUGACAGCAUGAAUCCAAACUAUUUCCAUCAAGACAUGGAUGGCAAACAUGACAAGUUUUUACUGAGAUUAUUCGAUCGAUCGUUUUACUAUCGUACAGAAAUGGGAAUGCAUGAUAAAUGGGAUCUAGCUCUCAACGAAGGAAAUGAAUGUAAUCUUUGCCCAUUUAACAUUGAUGGACUUUCACUCAAGGAACUAGAGGAGCGAGAAGAGCAAGAAUUAAUGAAACAUCAACGAACGAAAGCACAUAAGGCAUAUUUGGGAUCCUAUGAACCAAGUAAUCCAGCGACAGAACGAGAUUGGAAAUAUUAA